UCAAGCGAUAACUUUCCUGCUUUCAAAGGCGUAUAGAAUUGUUUAUCUCAUAAAACGAUAUUGUAAAACUAUGAUAUAUUCAUGACGCAAACAUUCUUGUGUAUGAAAUUGAGUAACCCGUUAUUACACACUAUACACGCGAGAAAAUGGCGAACAACAGAAUCCCUUCAGGACCUAACACUCCUGGCAGUCAGCAGACUCCCACACAGCAGGGAAUCAAAAUAUUCAUACAAAGAGACUAUUCUGAAGGCACUGCAGUUAAAUUUCAGACCAGAUUCCCGCCUGAGCUUGAAGAAAGGAUAGACAGACAAACCUUUGAACAUACAAUAGAGAGACUGAAUGAACACUUUGAAAUGGCAGAGACAGCAGACUGCAGUACAUAUUGUGAGGGAUGCCUUGCCUGUCUGACUGCCUACUUCAUUUAUAUCUGUACAGAGACACAUUAUGAGAAGCAUUUAAGGAAAGUCUCAAAAUUCAUAGCAACACAAAACGAAAGGGUAUACAACCCCCGAGGUGUUCAUAUAACUGAUCCCAUUCUUCGCGGACUACGAGUCAUUGAAAUCACGAUGAUAGACGUACCCAACUGCCAGAGCCCGACAGGGAAUAACACAUCGAUCCGACAUACUUGACCACCACACGACAGCAGGGAGUUUUUCAUGUAACGUUUCUGGUUUUAAAGGAUUUUUGUGAAACUUGGUACUGGAAAUCGGCAAUUAAGCUAGUUUUAUUUUUAAAUUAAUUAUAAAAACAAUACAUAAUAACAACAAUAGUUACAGAGUAAUAUUAAAGACGGCAAUGUCAAAUUCUAGAUUGGGACGACAACGGCAACAUCUUGUUUUUAGUAUUUCUGUUAUAACAAACUGUGUGAGCAAUGCGGCAUGCGUCCUUUGUGAGUAGUAUAGACUGCAAGUCCGCCGGGAUGCCUGUAUGUGUGCUACUUCUUCAGUUUUCUGUUCUUUAUCUUUAUCUGCGCCACAUUGGUCUGUAUUCUCUGUGUGAGUCACCACACUAUAUGAGAUAACAAAGAUAAGAUUUUUAAUCCCACAUUAAGUUAAUUUUAUACAAGUGGCAAUGUGAUUUAUAAAAGUGGCAACUUUUGGAAAUAUAUUGAGAAUUUAUAAGGAGCCUUGGAGUGCUGAGCCCAAAAUGUACUUUUUAUUAGAAGCAGCAAGAUUUUGAAAUUUUGACAAAAAUAUUGCAAUUGUUCGAUGCAUAAUCUAUAUACUUAAACUUUUUUUGUUUUGCCACAAACAUUUUGUUGAAAAAUCAGCCAAGAUUGAACUAAAUUGCAAUUUAAUAACAAGAAGAUGCCUGUUACAAAACCAAUACUUAAUUGAAAAUAUUCAGUGACCGGUUCGAUCGUCCAGUGCCGCCUUGAACCUAAUCGUAUUUACCUUUUUUGCCUGUGCUAGGCUACUGGCACGAGGCUUUAUACAAGCUGUACCGG